GCUCAAAUCUACCCAUUCACCCCUACUCGACUCUCUCAAGAACUCUUGGUCAAGCUUCGAGCAUCAGAAAUUGGCUCUUGAUUCGUCUUGCAACAGAAACGGUACGCGUGUCAGUUCCUCCUUCGUUGCUGCAGCGUACAUCGCGAGCACAUCAAGAUGCCUCCCACGAAGCGGCCAGCUGACACGCCUGCCCCAGGCGAUGAAGCCGCUCGAAGAGUGUCCACCUCGACUCCCAAGUCAGCCGAAAUAGCAGCUAAAUUGGCCGUUGCACAAGCUAAGAUUGCAGCUUUGCGAGGAGGCGCGGGGCUUGGUGCAGCGGCGGGGCCAGCAGCAAAUGGCAAUGGGAACGGGAUCAGACCGCCAGGCCUCCCACCUCAGGGCACGCAGGCACCACCUGUUUUGGAUAUUGCGGCCAUACAGGCGAGAAUCAGAGCUGCGAAUGCUGCGCGUGCUGCUGCUGCUGGUGGUACCGGUGCAAAUGGGGCGGCUCAGGCUGCCGACGUCAGGUCUGGUGUGGCAAGGAGCGACCGACAGGAAUUCACCCUCUGCUCAUGGCGCGGGCGGGCUCGUCGAGCAAUGCGUCUGGUGCUGCCAACGGAGGAAGUGCUGGCGCGUCGAGCUCCACCGCAAGCACUUCACGUAACCCCUACGCUCAUCGACAAGCUGGGCAGAACCUCCCCAAAUUUAGCAGUGUUGGAGCAAAUGCUCGAUUGGGCGGCUCUGGUGCGGCAGGCUUCUCUUCGAGCGUCGGCAGCGCACUGAGUUCACUCGAUGCCCCGCCAGCAGAGAAGAUCAACCCAUACAUGUCUCAUACCCAACCCUCCGACGGAGCAGGCGCAGAUUCUGGCCUAUCGGCAUCUAGAAAGUCGCAGCAUCGCCCUUUGAC